UGUGGUCCGGGUUCCUCCAGGCCGACCUGCAGCAGUGCGUGAGCUCCUCCCGGGCCCGUCGGACGACAUGGAACCUGGCUCAGCUGAAUUAUACGAUCAAGCCCUGCUGGGCAUCUUGCAGCAUGUGGGCAACGUUCAGGACUUUCUGCGCGUGUUUUUCGGUUUCCUCUACCGCAAGACCGACUUUUACCGCCUCCUGCGCCACCCGUCCGAUCGCAUGGGCUUUCCGCCGGGGGCCGCUCAGGCCUUGGUGCUGCAGGUAUUCAAAACCUUUGACCAUCUGGCUCGUCAGGAUGAUGAGAAGAGGAGAAAGGAACUUGAAGAGAAAAUCAGCAGAAAAGAAGAAGCAGCAGCAAAAGACAAAGCAGCUGCCAUGGCUGAGAAGGAACCAGUCCCAGUCCCAGUCCGGGAAGUCGAGAUUGACUCCACCACAGAAUGGGAUGGACCUCAGGAAGCGGGUCACGGACAAAGUCCAGGCACCCCAGGUGCAGCUCAGGAGGAGGCCUGUGGCUCGGAGGAGGCAGGGCCUCCAGCAGCAGUUGCUGCUGUUGCUGAAGUUCCUAGGGAACCGCUAGCUCUUCCCAAGCAACAGGAGCAAUUCCAGAAAAACCCUGACAGUUAUAAUGGUGCUGUCCGUGAGAACUACAUCUGGUCUCAAGACUACAUGGACCUGGAGGUCAAGGUGCCAGUACCCAAGCACAUCGUGAAAGGGAAGCAGGUCUCAGUGGACCUUAGCAGCGACUCCAUCCGAGUGGCUGUGCUGGAGGAAAAUGGGGAGCGUGUUCUCAUGGCAGGGAAGCUUACUCAUAAGAUCAACACUGAGAGCUCUCUUUGGAGCCUUGACCCAGGAAAGUGUGUUUUGGUGAACCUGAACAAAGUGGGAGAAUACUGGUGGAGUGCCAUCCUGGAGGGUGAGGAGCCCAUUGACAUCGACAAGAUCAACAAGGAGCGUUCCAUGGCCACCGUGGACGACGAGGAGCACGCUGUCCUAGACAGGCUGACCUUCGACUACCACCAGAAGCUGCAGGGCAAGCCACAGAGCCACGAGCUGAAAGUCCAUGAGAUGCUGAAGAAGGGAUGGGAUGCUGAAGGCUCCCCCUUCCGAGGCCAGAGAUUCGACCCUGCCAUGUUCAACAUCUCCCCUGGGGCAGUGCAGUUUUAGUGACCAGAGAACCGGAGGCCCUCCAGCACGUGGAAAGCGGAAGCCGCACGGCCGCGCCUCGGCACCUCAGCUUCCCUCAUGGCCCCUUGCAUGUUAGGGACCUUCAUCUUCUCUCCUCCUCCACCCAGGCUCCUCUUUUCUUUGAAGGCAAAACUAGGCCCUCCCUGAACCUUGCCCUUCCUCAUGUGGCUCCAAAGAGGCUCCGGAGGGCAGCCUGCCUCCCGCAGCCUUCGCCAUGCUGCUGAGGGCUUCUGGGUGCGGGCAGCCCAAUUCCAGGCAGGGCCUGCCCAGUCCGCACUGCACUGCCCUCUCUCUCCCCCAGUUUUUGCUGCUGUUGUUUGGGCGCUCUGUGGCUUGCUUCUCUUGGCGGGGUAGGAUCCAUUGCCAGGUGUCCAUGCAGACUUACUGUCGGCACCAGUUGAACGGGGAAGCCUGUAAGAGUGCACACGGGUGACUAUGGCAGCGGGCCUGGGAGUGCCCUGACUCUUGACCUUGGGUGGGCAUGCUUCUGUGUGGUCUGCGUCUCCUUUGGCCAUGCUCACUGCCCUGGCUCCGUGCCGUCGAGGCACAGCCACACUGGGGUUCUGGCAUCUGCGUCUGUGGCCGGCUCUCUUCUCCAGUUCUAGAUGUCAGGGGGAAGUCUGGGGUCUCUGCACAAGAUGGUGUCUCUCUUGUCAGUGUCCCGUCCUCCCACCCCACAAGCCCCACGUGAGACCGCAUCGCCCAUGCACGUUGUCCAAGGACACUCACCUUUGCCCCUCAGACCAUAUCUUUGGGCACUUGGAUGUGACUCAUGCUAGCCCCUGAUUUGGGCCCAUCACACGCUCUGCAUAAGUCAAGGCUCCUGGGAAGCCCAGCGCCAAUGAAGGAGGCAAGCUGGCGGUCCAUGGAAGGGCCGCAGCAUUUGCCCCAGAAGCCCAGCCACCCACCCCUUGCAGCACCAGAUAGGCCAUGGACUGCUGGAAGAAGAAUGCCCGGCUUGUUUGCGGUGGAGCCCUGGGGAUUGAGAACCCCAUUCCCUUUUGCCAGCUCACGCCUCUGUGCCAUCGACAUCUCCAGGCAAAGCGGCGCUCUCCCACUUCCCCUUGCCGUGUGACCCUCCCUUGGACUGACUCGGCGGCUCUAGCUAAGCCUGAAGAGAGGAGACUUCGGCUACGGGGUGACUGGAGCAGGUGGCAGGGCCCUUCGGGAGGGCUCCUCAGCACCUCUGAGAACACUGAUCGAGAGUCUGCCUGCCCCCCUGAGCGCCUGCCACUUGUCCUAUUAGCGGUUGGGCUCUGUGUUCACACCUAGGGCAGCUGCACGCCAGGGACAGAGGCACAGAGAAAGUGAGACCUCCACGAGGCCUGGCGGCUGUUCCUGGGGCAAGGGCUGCAGCAGCCUCGGGCCACUUUGUGCAUCAUGGACGGGCCCUCCAGCAGCUGGGAGUCGUGGCUUCUGCUGCUGGGCGCUCGUCUGGGUGCAGUCAUUUCUGACAGAUUCUGGCUGAGUGGGUCACGGGCAGCCAAGUUCCUAGGCAGCUAUGGCACGGAAGCAAUCAGAAGAUCUUCCGAGUCCAGGGACACCAUCCUGUUGGCACAGCGUGAGCCCAGAGCGCGUUAAGGCCAGCACCGCUUCCGCCCUAAUUUUACGUGAGAGUCCUGCAGUCUCAGACCAGCCACCCAGUCUGUGGGUUUCUGGAGUGAAGUGAUUGCAUAAUGCCGGUGGAUUUAUGACCUACAAGGGGGCAGGCUGCGUGUCCUGGGGCCAGGGAGGCCUCUGCCAGCCCUCCCCAGUCAUAGCGGGCUAACUGGGUUUGCACAUUUGCCCCACGCUGGCUUCCCCAUGUCAUUAGGUGUGCUUUCGCAUGCUUUAGUCAUCGUGUUUCCGCUCUUCUCUGUAGCUCAGCGUGGUCACACAGGGUCCUCCAGGAAUGACGGGCGAGUGUGGAGUCUGGGAGAGUAUUUGCUUCUUUGGUAGCUUGUCGUCAGUUUGCCCGGGCUCUGUUUUCCGGGGUGGCAUUUUUUUCUGUUUCCAACUCCGCUUUAGCAAAACAAGAACUGAGGAGCUGGGGAAGGGGAGCUGGUGGCGGCUGGAGGUGCUGAAUACACACACACACACAUACACACACACAUGCACACACACACACACACAUGCAAACACACACCACCGAGUGGUCUGCCCGUCACCCCAACACACCGCGCUCUGUGGGUGCAGAGCCGCUCUCUGUGGGACACUCUUCCUCGACUCCCCCCACGUGGCCUUGCUGCGGGGCCUGGCGCAUCCUGCUUGUUUUCUCUUUCCAGACAGGUAGCAGCGCUGUGGCCUCUCACCUCAUCCGCUGAGGCUUCGAGGACAGCAGGGCCCGGGAGCCAGGAGAGGAGUGUCAGCCUGUCAAGUUGCUCCCUCGCCCUCCGUGCUGGUUUGCAAUAAACCUGUAUUUAAGCA